AUGGACGCGACGAGAACGCAGGAACUCGCGGCCGAGGAGGAGGCCGAGCGGCAGCGCAAACGGGCGCGAGAGAAGGAGGCAUGGCGCGCGCAGCGCGAGCGCAGCGCCAAGAAGACGGCAGCGCUGCAGGGGCACGACGAGGCAUGGGGACGCGCGAGGGUGGCCCAUGUCGGGCGCGCGCACUCGGUGGCUGGCGCGCUCGACGCGCACAUCGAGCGGCACUGGCGGCCAAGCGGCGGCGCGGGGGGCAGGGUGGUGGGCGGCGACCGCCGCAUACCGUCCUACGGCGGGGACUAUCGCUACGCCAGGGAAGACAAGGGCGUCGAAGUGCAGCUGCUGCUGUUCGAAUCGUUCGGCGGGUUCGGAAAGGGGGUCCGUGAGAUCCUCAGGAAGGCGGCGGACGUACUACAGAACAAGCUGACGCGGGCCCAGUACCUCGAUGAGGUGACUUGGACCACCAAGAGCUGGCUGGGGCUGCAGAAGCAGCGCAUCUCAGUCGUUCUUCACACGGCAAUCGCAGAGCAGAUUGUGAAUGAGCUUGCCUGUGGCGGGGGUGGGCGGGUGCACGGAGCUAAGUGCCUCGCCACCCUCGCAGGAGUCGCUUAG